AUGGCGACAGCGUAUGGAAUACAUAUAGGAAACAGUUCAGGCUGUCUUGCAACCUUUGUUAAUGGCGAUGCUUCUGUUUUGGCUAAUGAUGCUGGAGACAGAGUCACUCCAGCGGUAGUUGCUCUCAAUGGUGUGGAAUGGGAGAUUGGCCUUCCAGCUAAAUCGGGACAAGCUUCAUCAAAAGCCAUUAUAAAAAAUAAUAAGCGCCUCAUGAAUUGCGAUUUUAGUGAAGAUGAUAUCGCAUUCGUGGAGAGUUCCUCUUCAUGCAGAAUUCAAAAUGAUGAAGAGCUAGUAUAUGAAUUUGAAACAAGUGAAACAAAGCUGUACUCAAAUCCUGAUAAUAUUGCUACAAAGAUUUAUGCAAAAUUGUAUACUAUUGCCAGUCAUGCUGUUCAGAAUGAGGGUGACUUAAAGCUAGUGUUGGCAGCACCAUUGAAUUGGUCAUCAUUAAGUAGAGAGAGGCUCGUAAAAUGUGCUGAGUUAGCUGGAUUUGAUGUUCUACAAGUUAUCAGUGAACCUGCCGCUGCUCUGCUUGCAUACAAUGUUGAAGAGUCCGCAGAUGAUGUGAAUGUUUUGGUGUACAGACUCGGAGGUUCUUCAUGUGCAGCCUCUGUAGUUAAAGUAUCUUCAGGAUUUAUGUCUGUGGAAAAAAACAUUUUCAGAUCCGACCUUGGAGGACAAUGUCUAACAAAGGACUUGGCAGAUUAUAUUGCACAAGAAUUCAAACAGAAGUGGAAAUUGGAUCCACAUGAAAGUAGACGAGCUAUGUCAAAAUUACUUAACCAUGCAGACAACUGUAAACACAUUCUGUCAACUUUAAGUUCAGCCCAUGUCUUUAUUGAGUCUUUAUUGGACGGAGUUGAUUGGAGUCAAAAUGUGACGAGGGCUAGAUUUGAAAAUAUAAUAUCUUCUAAAAUAUCAGCAUAUAUAGAACCGGCUAAGCAAGUAAUUGAUAGUUUCAAUGGUAAAAUCCAUAAAAUUAUCCUCUGUGGUGGUAGUAUGAAGAUCCCUAAAUUGCAAUCGGCUGUGGCAAGUUUAUUGCCAGAAGCGGAAGUUCUUUCCGGCAUUAAUCCUGAUGAAGUAAUAGCUGUGGGAUGUGCUAGACAAGCUGGGAUGAUGCUGGACCUACCAGACCUGUCCUUAGCAGAUACAAAUAUGGAGAUUGAAUUCCUCGGAAAAGACAUAUACAUGAAGUACUUAGAUCAAACUGUUAAACUGUUCAAAGAAGGUUCACCGCCAUAUGCCCAAAAUAUAUGCAAUAUUGAAUCAGUAAAUGGCGUAAAGGAUAUAAGUUUCACAUUACACGAGGAUCCAAAUGGUGAACAUUUUGCCACAGAAACCUUUAAUAUUGAAAAUCUAACAAAACCUUUUAAGUUAAAAGCUACCUUACAGUCAUCAAAUAUAUUAAUGCAAGUGGAAUAA